AUGGCGAUGCAGCAGGAAGCGUACCCCUCGUAUGCACCGGGCUAUCCGCCACCCUCGCCCUCGUCGCCCUAUUACCAGCAAUCGCCGGGCAACCAGCGGAGAUGGAGCGCGGAACAGAGCAGACCCCACACGCCCUCGUCUCGGGGUCAGGGCGCAAGGAUGCCAGACCGCCGCGAGUCAUACGACCGGCCACCAUCGCGCAGCCCCCUCUCGCACGCCGGCGCGGCGCAGGGCUACCACGCAGCCUCGGCCUCGGACGACUACGAGGAGCGCGACCUCGGCGAGAUUGCCGCGGCCAACCAGGCCGCCCAGGAGCGGAAUUGGGGACCUCACACCGCCCUGUCGGAAGCAGCCGAACGCACCGUCGGCGUCGCUCCGGGACAGUACUUUCGCCACAACUCGAUGCCACCGCCAGCCCAGCAGCACUACGAGCCCGAGCGGUACGAUGGCGGGUUCUACCUCGAACCGCCAGGCACGCACGCCGCCCACGACUUUGGCGUGCGCCCAGGCGCCAGCUCGCCGUCGCACGCCUCGAGCCAUACGCUGGGCGCCAACUCGCGCAGGAGCCUGCCCGUCUACCGCUCCCCGUCCGUACAGCCAUCCGUCACCUCGCCUGCCUCCGAGCCUCCGCCCAACAUCUUUGACGUCACCGCCCGGCAUCACCUCCCUGGCGGCCACGCACGGCCGGAGGACAUGUACGACCAUCGCCCCUACCCUUCGCCGCACGGCGCGGGCGAGCACCUGCCCGAUUUUCCCGCCUGGUCGCAGACCUGGUACGGCGGCCACCACUCCGCCGACGGGCAUGCCUACACCAUGGUCCCGCCCGGCAGCGGCCAGAGCGGAUGGGAGAGCGAGACGCUCUCGUACGGCCGUGCUGGGCGCGGCACACCCUACGGGCCGUACCCGCACGGUCACCACCCAGGGGACGGUCGGAUCGCGGACCACGUCAAAGAGGAGCGGAUACGCAUGCUGGAAAAGGAGUUUGGGCCCAAGGUCUCGCACAAGAACAGGGCAAAGGGCGCCGACGGCGCAGACGAAGACGAUGAGGAAGCCAAUGCGGACGACACGGAACCGCUGCCGCUCGGCAGCGUCGAUCCAAAGGGCAGGCUGGUGCUACCCAAUCGCAAGCUGCGCAUCGGCGUGCGAUGGUCGCAGUGCCUCGUCUCGCUGACGGGCGCGGCGCUCGGCAUCGGCGGCUACCUGUUGAUCAAACCGAAAGAGGAUCCCGCGCCGCUCAACACGCUGCCAACGUGGAUCAUGUACAUCGUCUCGGUCCUCUCGACGCUCGUCUGCGUCUGGCUGUACGCGCUGCGGCCGAUGUGCGUCAAUCCGCUGCGCAAGGCCGAUACGAUGAGCGGCGGCGGACCCGGCGGCAUGGGAGGGAUGCUCAUCCCGGUCCUCGGUGGCGGCGGGCCCGGUGGACGGGGAAGGCCAGGCGGCAGGAUGAAGCGAGGCAUGGCCCAACCCGGGCCCACGGUCAACGUCAUCGUCGACCCGACGAUGCUGGGAAAGGGCCACGACUCGUCGUCGGAUUCCGACAGCGACUCGGACAGCGUCGACACGCUGCCCGGCGGCAAUCGACGGGACCGUCGCAGCAAGCGACACCACCACCGACGGCACCAUCGGCACCACCACCGGCGACACCACCACAAGGGCAUGCUCGAGACGAUCAAGAUGCAGGCCAUCUGGCAGUUCCACCGCAAGUGGCUCAAGGUGUACACGUUUGUCGACGCCCUCUUCUGCCUGCUGUGGGGCGUCGUGGCCGUGUGGACCAUCGGCUUCGGCGGCAAGUGCUCGCCCGGCUCAUUUGAAGGGUGGUGCGACAUCUUCAAUGGCGCCAUGGCCUGCGCCGCCAUCAACACCGCAGUCUUUGCCACUGCCGUCUACGUCGACGCAAGGGAUCUCAAGGCGUCCGAGCGACCGCCGAAUGCCAGGUAG